AUGGAGUCGCCGCACGAGAGCCAGCAGUCGCUCCUGCUCAACCGAAUUAUCGGCAAUGUGGAAAAACUAAAUGAAGCCGUUAAAGAAUUCAAUAACCGUAUUCGGGAAAUAAAUGCAGCAAACAUGGAAGCAGAACUAUUCUCGCACAUGUGGCAGAACUACCAAAGUUAUCUCGAGAUGAACCUCGAAGAGACGAACAGCUUGGUGCCGCCGAAGCAGUGA